UGCGUGUAUCAGUGAAAAAUAUUGACAUCAAUUAUAUUUGAUUAUAAUCAAACUAACAAUUGUUUUUCAUACAGUUCUUUAAGUCACUAAGUUAAAUGUUUAUACAAGACGGUUUCAAGUUAUUCUUUGAGUUUUAAAGUGUUGAAGAAGCAGCUGUGUUUUUUUUGUAGAUAUGCCUGUGAAAUUAUCUUGUGUUGACAAGAAAACAAAAAAGUGCUUGUAAAUUAAAAUCUUAUUACUUGCCAUGAAAAUGAAAAUCAUUGACCGGUUUAAUAAAAAAAAUACCAAAAUGACUUUUUUGAACAUGGAUACAAUGUUUUACAUUUUGCAUUAUGUGUUCUUGGAUUUUUUGCUUUUUUCGGGAUGCAAAGCAGGAUCCCAUGAAAAACAAUUGCUACACCACUUACUUGAUGCGUAUAAUGUGUUGGAACGACCUGUAGUGAAUGAAUCAGAUCCACUGCAACUGUCAUUUGGUUUGACUUUAAUGCAAAUCAUUGAUGUGGAUGAAAAAAAUCAACUAUUAAUAACAAAUAUUUGGCUUAAAUUGGAAUGGAAUGACAUGAAUUUAAGAUGGAACUCGUCGGAAUAUGGAGGUGUGCGUGAUUUGCGAAUACCACCUCACCGACUGUGGAAACCAGAUGUGCUUAUGUAUAACAGCGCUGAUGAAGGAUUUGAUGGCACAUAUCCUACAAAUGUGGUUGUUCGUAACAAUGGAUCUUGUUUAUAUGUUCCUCCAGGAAUUUUUAAGUCGACUUGUAAAAUAGAUAUAACCUGGUUUCCAUUUGACGAUCAACGCUGUGAAAUGAAAUUUGGAAGCUGGACCUAUGAUGGUUUUCAGUUGGAUUUGCAACUUCAAGACGAAAGUGGAGGAGAUAUAAGUAGUUUUAUUACUAAUGGAGAGUGGGAAUUACUUGGUGUGCCAGGAAAACGUAACGAAAUUUAUUACAACUGCUGUCCCGAACCAUACAUCGAUAUAACAUUUGCAAUUCUGAUACGGCGAAAAACGUUAUAUUAUUUUUUUAAUUUAAUUGUACCUUGCGUUUUAAUUGCGUCGAUGGCAUUACUUGGAUUUACACUCCCGCCAGAUUCCGGUGAAAAGCUUUCUCUAGGAGUCACAAUUUUGUUAUCUCUUACCGUCUUCCUUAAUAUGGUGGCAGAAACAAUGCCGGCAACAAGUGAUGCAGUCCCACUAUUAGGAACCUACUUCAAUUGCAUUAUGUUUAUGGUUGCAUCAUCUGUGGUAUCAACGAUAUUAAUUUUAAAUUAUCAUCAUAGAAAUGCUGAUACACAUGUUAUGAGCGAAUGGAUUCGUAUCGUAUUUUUAUAUUGGUUACCAUGCAUUUUACGAAUGAGUCGUCCAAACCAAGAAGCGUAUGAGUUAGAAAAAGCUGAGAAAAAAUCGCAACAAAUUCAAAGUGUGGAAUUAAAAGAAAGAUCAUCAAAAUCGCUGUUAGCAAACGUACUUGAUAUUGAUGAUGACUUUCGUUGCAACCACAGUUGCAUUGGUGCUACAUUGCCACAUCAACCGACUUACUACCGAACAGUUUAUCGACAGUCUGAUGAUGGUCAUAUUGGUGAAGGAAGAUUACAUGAAACAAUAUCACAUUCGUGCUUUAGUUCGUCCGCUGAAUACGAAUUAGCACUAAUACUGAAGGAGCUGCGUUGGAUUACCGAUCAGCUCAAAAAAGAAGAUGAAAGCAGUGAUGUUACUCGAGAUUGGAAGUUUGCUGCAAUGGUGGUAGAUCGUUUGUGCCUUAUCAUAUUCACGCUUUUUACUAUUAUUGCAACUUUAGCAGUGUUAAUAUCAGCGCCAAAUUUCCUUGUUUCAUCGUCGUAACAAAAUAGUUAUUUAUUUUUUUAUUUUAAAAUACAGGGACAGCAUAUUAAGUUUACUAUUUUAUUGGUUACAUUCAUUCCACACGUUCGAAGUUAAUUUCAUUGCAUAAGGUAACAUUUCUACGCGAAAAUCAUAUUUCCAAUAUGAUCUUAUUAAUAUUUAACAUCGGCAAAAUGAAACAGCACAUAUCUUACUAAAUUCAUGUUAAGCAACAUUUUACGACUUUUACUUGUUUUCGUCCAAAAGCAGUAAGUGUUGCUCAGCAUGGUUUUUUAACUUUCUUUUUCAUAUUUUAAUUUUUAUUUUCAUAAAGUACAGUUAGAGGCAGUGAAUUUUCAGCAUUAAUUUCGUACAGCUGUUUUUCAGCUGAUCCACACAAACCAUCAAAACUGUUUACACGUCUUUAUAGGGUUUUACUACUACCACGCACGCGCGUGUAGCAGCUUCAACCGUAUAAACGAAUAUAAGCAGUUUUGAUUGUAUGUGUCGAUCAGCUGAAAAACAGCUGAAGCAAAUUAAUGCUCAAAUUUCACUGCCUCUGACUGUAAUUGGAAUUUAUUCUACACUUUUUAUCUAGCUGAAAUAACUUAUAUGAUUUUAGAACACCCUAUUCACAUGGUACAGACAGGAAUUUUAGGGUGGGGGCAACGGCAGAAAAAAAGGUAUGAAGAAAUAAAAUCAUCUCAGGAAACUCAGACCCGUCCCACUCUAGCCCAAUAGUAGUUACCGCCCUGAGUACAUGGUCUAUUUUGGGAAAAUUUAUGUACACGAGUCAGAACAACUGAUGCAACUGAGUCUCAUAUGACCUGUAAACCUAUUGUGAACGUGACUCUAGUGGGUCCACAACCCUAAUAAGUCCAACCUUUAUGCGUCCACAAUGCCGAAACCCUAUUGCGUACUUGGCAUUAUUAUCCACUUAGCUCAAGUGUGGAACAACACUUUUCGAUUGUAUUCCAAAGAACUUUUGCAUUUCUGAGAUCAAAUGACAAAACCAUUUUUCCUCAUUCACUGGUUCCACCACUUAAUUUGCUCUAGAGCUUAGCGAAUGUAAGGGUUUUUCAUGGUCUUUUGAGUAGUAUUGUAAACUUUUGGGGCUGCUGAGAUGGAUUCAUGCCAGUUCCUAAAAUUUCGUCACUUACUCAUGCUUAAACAUCGUUCCAGUACUAAAUCUUCCGACCUAUAGACUUAAAAACUUAUUAAUUUUACUUUUGUUAGGAACAAAGGCGACACUCGCUCAAAGAAAUCACUCAUGAAUCUGGCAAUAAUCAAGAAGGCUCUUAGAAUGAACUAAAUCAAAGGAGACAGUUGUAAGACGAUGUAAAAAUGA